UGACGUCCGGCUGCGCCUGUCACCCCCCGGGCUUGUUGCAGAGGAGGAGCAGGCGCCAUGGCGGUUCUGCUGGAGACCACUUUGGGCGACGUCGUCAUCGACUUGUACACGGAGGAGCGGCCGCGCGGUGAGGCCCGAGCCCCGCUCACCUCUUGCUGGGCAUCGGUCUCCUUUCCCCACUUUGCGUUUUCUGCCUAGUCUCCGGUUUAGAAAGGUUCCAGCUUCUGGGCUGCUGGUGCCCUCGACCGGGCUGUUUCAUUAGAGGGUCUUGGUUAGAAAAGUUUUUUGUUUUUCGAGGAGCAGCCCUUCUCCCGCAUCCGGUGAUGGCCAGUCGGGUGGCGGGUACUUGUGGUUAUUAAAUACCUCUGUGUAUGUGUGUGAUACAGGCUGCGUAUACAAUGCCCAUAGCUCCCGUGGCUUUACUGCGUUUUACUAGCCAGAGGAACACAACUCGUAUUUCUUGGUGUGUAAUCAGUAAGUCUUUACGAAAGCAGGGAAAUUGGGCUUGGAGCAGUGAGUAUGGACAUCCCUCCUGGAUGGAGAAAGGGCUGUCCGGAGAUGUGCACCCAACCUUAAGAAACACUCCUUGACCGCCCACUAUGCGAGACUUCGUGCCAAGCCCAGGGAUGGGCGUCUUGCCCUUCAGGGUCUUGUUUUUCCAUUGGUGGGAAGGAGGCGCGGCAGCCCAUUUGAUUUCUUAAGUGUUGUAGUGGAAGAACGUUGCCAUGGAAACCAGAGAACUGGAGUAAUUCUUCCUGGUUGGGGGCGGGGGAAGCGAAGCUAGCAAAGAAUACAGAACACUUGAACUAGUUCUUUCAAAGGUGAGUGGGAACGAGGGUUUUCGUAACAGUUUGCUUGGAAUUUUCUGGAAAUAGCAAGUAGGCUGGCGUGGCUUGACGGUGGAAUGGCAGGCUGCGCGUCUGCUCGUAUACGUUUUUAGGUUAGGUCAGGUCGUGAAUAGCCUUGUGUGCUCUACUGAUGACCAGAGUCUUUGAAAGGUUUAAAAAGCAGGGAGGUAGCAAACUUCUUGUUUUGGGAAGAUAAUAGGCAGCAGUGUGGAGAAUGUAUCAGAGUGGGGAGAAACUGGAGCCCAGAAGAAAUUAGUUACUAUCGGAGUCCUGCCCCCCGGAAUGCGGAUUAUCAAAGAGGAUGAAACAAGCUACAAUACACUUGUUUGAAUUUCCUGAAGUUGUGUAAAAUAAAAUAUUACAAUUAUUGCCUUAUUCACAAUGUACAGAGGGAUUUUAUCAUACAGACUGGUGAUCCAACAGGGACUGGCCGUGGAGGAGAAUCUGUUUUUGGUCAACUGUAUGGCGAUCAGGCAAGCUUUUUUGAGGCUGAAAAAGUGCCAAGAAUUAAGCACAAGAAGAAAGGCACUGUGUCCAUGGUGAACAAUGGCAGCGAUCAGCAUGGAUCUCAGUUUCUUAUUACUACGGGAGAUAAUCUAGAUUACCUUGAUGGUGUUCACACAGUGUUUGGUGAGGUGACGGAAGGCAUGGACAUAAUUAAGAAGAUUAACGAGACCUUUGUUGAUAAGGACUUUGUACCAUAUCAAGAUAUCAGGAUAAAUCAUACAGUGAUUUUAGAUGAUCCAUUUGAUGACCCUCCUGAUUUAUUAAUUCCUGAUCGAUCACCAGAACCCACAAGGGAGCAACUAGAUAGUGGUCGAAUAGGAGCAGAUGAAGAAAUAGAUGAUUUCAAAGGAAGAUCAGCUGAAGAAGUAGAAGAAAUAAAGGCAGAAAAAGAAGCCAAAACUCAGGCUAUUCUGUUAGAAAUGGUGGGAGACCUACCUGAUGCAGAUAUUAAACCUCCAGAAAAUGUGCUGUUUGUAUGUAAAUUGAAUCCAGUAACCACAGAUGAAGAUCUGGAGAUAAUAUUCUCAAGAUUUGGGCCAAUAAGAAGUUGUGAAGUUAUCCGGGAUUGGAAGACUGGAGAAUCCCUCUGUUAUGCUUUUAUUGAAUUUGAAAAAGAAGAAGAUUGUGAGAAAGCGUUCUUCAAAAUGGACAAUGUACUUAUAGAUGACAGAAGAAUACAUGUGGACUUCAGCCAGUCUGUUGCGAAGGUUAAAUGGAAAGGAAAAGGUGGGAAAUACACCAAGAGUGACUUCAAGGAGUAUGAAAAGGAACAGGAUAAACCAUCUAAUUUGGUUCUGAAAGAUAAAGUAAAGCCCAAACAGGAUGCAAAAUAUGAUCUUGUACUAGAGGACCAGGCAGAAGACUCAAAAUCAAGUCACUCACACACAAGUAAAAAACACAAGAAGAAAACCCAUCACUGCUCUGAAGAAAAAGAAGAUGAGGACUACAUGCCAAUCAAAAAUACUAAUCAGGAUAUCUACAGGGAAAUGGGCUUUGGUCACUAUGAAGAAGAAGAAAGUUGUUGGGAGAAACAAAAGAGUGAAAAGAGAGACCGACCUCAAAACCGAAGUCGGAGCCGAUCUCGAGAAAGGGAUGGCCACUAUAGUAAUAGUCACAAAUCCAAAUACCAAACAGAUCCCUAUGAACGAGAAAGGAGCAAAAAGAGAGACCGAAGCAGGAGUCCCAAAAAAUCCAAAGAUAAAGAAAAAUCGAAGUACAGAUGAAAGAGGAAUCAGACAUAAGUGGCUAACACAUUUACGCUUUCUCGUAUAACUUAGAGUACCAGAUGUUCAGCUUUUGUGUCAAAGCAGUUAAAGACUCUGCUUGUUAUUAUUUAUUUUUUUUUCAUGGUAGGAUUAGGGCCCUUUUAGAUUAACACUGAUAGUAUAGGGCACUGAAAGACAAAAAAGAAUUAAACAUUUUCUUUGUAUACUUUUUUACACUAAUCUUAUUGUUAUACAUAAAUAGUAGUCUUCAUUUUUAUAGUCAUUCAUAUUUUUCAGUCCUUUUUAAAAAAUGAUUUCAUACCUACAAAAAUACACAAACAUGUAUAUACAAGGUAUAAAGAAUAAUAAUCUGUACCCAUCGGCCGGCUUAGGAAAUGAUUAUUACUGGCACUUUAAAAGUGCCCUUGCCUCUUCAAGUAAUUACUCUGAAUUUUGUGUUUGUCAUUCUCUUGCUUGUUAUUACAGUUUUACCACAUAUGUAUGUAUUCCUAAGUGAAAUGUUAAGUUUUGUAUGUUUUUGAAUAUUUUAUACAUGGUGUAAUGUAUGUUUACUUCUGUGAAUUGCUUUUUUCAACCUAAUGCGUUUUGAAAGUCAUUCAUUUGUACUGCCGUAUUGUGUUAUAUGAAUAGAGCGUAAUUUAUCCAUUCCUCUGUUGCUGCAUGUUUGGGGUUUGUUUUCAUUUUUGCUGUUGCAAACAGUGCUGCUAUGAACAUUGUAUAUUUAGGAGUGAUUCUCUUGGUCAUGUGAUACUGAUCUUCAUCUGUGUAAGAUAAGGCCAAAUAACAUUCUCCAGUGGCUAUCCCAGCUUAUACCCCUACAGGCACUGUAUGAAUUACCUUUGUCUUACAUCAUUUCUAACACUUUUUAAUUUCAGACUUUUAAAUUUUGUCAAUCCAAUGGCUGUUAAGUGUUAUCUUAAUUGUCGUUUCCAGCAAGAAGACUGCUAUUAUUCUUGUGUUUGUUUUGUAGGAAACUCUUCUUGUUCUUUUUCUCUGUUUGCUUUUAAGGUUUCUCUUGAUUGCUGCUGCCAAGUACUUUAUGGUGUGCUUGGUGUAGGAUUUCUCCUCCACCUCCCUCCAUGUUUCUUCUGCUGGGGGUGGGUUUAUGGUUUUCAUCAAAUUUGGUAUUUUAGGGCUAUUAUUUUCUUUUUUUCUUUUCCUUUUUUUUUCCUGUCUCUGUCCUCCUUUCACUUCUUUCCCUCUGGGACUGCAGUUGUAUGUUAGGCUACUUGAAAUUGUCUCACAGCACUUUGAUGCUUCUUUUUUUUUUCUAAGUUCUUUUUUUUUUCUUUUCCUCUGUGUUUCAGGUUGUGUAGUGUCCAUUGCUAUGUCAAGUUCCUUAAUCUAGUCUCCUGAAGUAUUUACUCUCUUGUUAAUCCCAUCCAGUGUAUUUUUCACCUCAUAAAUUACAUUUUUAAACUUCAGAGGUUCCACUGGGGUUUUUCUUUGUAUCUUCCAUUGUCUCUCUGUCACAGGCUCAUGCUUUCCUCUUUUUUUCUUUUUUUUUUUGAAUUUCUGAAGUAUAUUUAUAAUUGCUGUUUUAAUGUACUUGACCAUUCUGUAUCUGUGUCAUUUCUUGUCAGUUUAUAUUGAUUGAUUUUUCCCUCAUUAUUGGGUUAUAAUUUCCUUUGCAUGCCUGGUAAUUUUUGGAUUUUUUCAUUGUUAGGUGCUGGGGUUUUUUGUAUUCCUUUAAAUAUGUUGAGCUUUGUUCUGGGGCAUGAUUAAGUUAUUUAGAAACAGUUUGAUCCUUCCCGUGGUUUGCUUUUAAGUUUACUGGGAUAGGACCAGAACAGCUUUUAGUCUAGUGCUAUUUUGGCCCACGACUGAGAUAAUACCCUUCUGAAUAAUCUUCCCUGUGCCUGGUUUAUUAUGAGAUUUCUCCACGCUGGCUUUAGGAACAAGAGCUGUUCUGAGCCCUGUAUGAACUUGAAUUGUACCACCUCUUCUUUUCUGGUGGUUCUUUCCCACCUUUGGGUGGUUUUCUCAAGUGCAUACACUGAUUAGUCAAA